GACUCUUCUCUUUCACCGUCUACUCUCCCUUCAUCCACACGUCGCACUCCCAGUUUCACCCGACGAUCGACUACUGGUAUUUCCACCAUUUGACUCUUGCUUAUCAGAAACAAGCUGACAUUUUUCAUGAGCAGAACAUUCCAAAGACAGCUCAAUUCUCUAUCUACUACGUACUAUGGUGCCCAGAGGUGGUAGAGGAGGCGGUCGUCCUCCAGGCCGACAAGGCAAAGCCAACGGAAACAAGAGCGGAAAUCAACUAUGCUUUCAAUUCCAGAGGGGAAGAUGCAAGUACGGACGAGAUUGCAAGUUCUACCAUGAUAAAGAUGGUACCAGCAAUGAGCGUCCUUCACGUCCGGCAGACAAUCACCUCGACGCUGGAGCUCGCGAAGAGUACUACGACUGGAAACGCCUUCUACGUGGCAGCCCAUACGAGUCCCUUGGAUCCGAUCGAAUUGAAGAAACUCUCAAGUUCUGGGAAGGAGCUCUUGGUAUUUUGGAUGGUGAUAGCCAGGACCAACAUCACAUCGUCGCCAAGGAACUCGUUCAAGACAAGUUUAACGGUCCAGAGUGGAUCGAUGUCACCACCAAAAUGACUUCUUUCAGAACAACAUCCAGCUUCAAGUGCGCCGAGACUUUCCUCCGAGCCCUUGCCCAUCCUGCUCUCACGCCGCUCUCCAUCAGUCCUUUUGUUGGAACCAUAUACGUGCUAUUCGGUGGCACAAGCGGUCAACAAGGCAUUGAGUUCUUGUCCCGGAUGUGCACCAGUAUCUCCAAGACCAUCGGCGGAACAGUUGGUACACUAGAUCCCGAACUUCACGAUCUUGUCGAUGUCAUCUUGAAGGCGCUACACGAACUUCUCGUCAAGACCAGUCGAACUCGGUUCUGUGAUGGUUUACCCAAGCUCAUUGAGUUGCUGGACAACAUUCUUGCUCUGAUUGCUCAGCACGUUGCUGGGGCUUACCGUGAUGGACUUCAAGGUCGCUUAGACAUCAUCAAGAGGAUCGUUGAUGGGUCGACUGCCCGAGUAGUCGCUACCAAACCACCAACAGGUGGUAAGAAGAGAGACAAAACCUCGGUCGCAUCAUCAUUCCCCCAGGAGCUCGCCAUACCAGGUGGUAGACACGACAAUGACUUCGCUGAGAUCUCCGACGUCUCCAUUCUUCCAACUCAAGGAGAAAUCACUAGCGAGCAUGAAGAAUACCUACCGUCUACCAACUUUUUGCAUCCUCAUAACUUGCAAGAUCCUAUGCAGCGGUACAUCGAUUCGACAUUCCGCCUUGUCAGACACGAUACACUGGGUCCAGUGAAUGAUGUUCUUCGAGAUGUUCUUUCUUCCGACAACCUGACGGUCGGACGAACGACAGACAAAAACAGCCAAGCACAAGUCUACGCAUCUGCAAAGUUCCGUCGAAUCUCUAUUCACGAGAGGCAUGGACUGGAGGCAAUUGUAUCCUUUCUCGCACCACCUUUCAUUCGCAAGAAGUCACCUGCUGAUCAGCGUGACUGGUGGCAGAGAUCUCCUCGACUGGGUGAAGGAACGCUUGUGUGUUUUGUGACUUCGGAGGGUGAAAACAAGAGGAUCCUCUUCCUUCAAGUCACCACCAAAAGUACACAAUGGGACCAUAAGCACACUGAUACGAGCAAGAGUAGUCUUGUUCCGCACAACAUUGCUCCAAGCAUUACCGUCAAGCUUGCAACACACCAGCAAAGCGACCUGACUGUACUUCUUCGACUGUUUCAGGACAACACCAUGGGUGUAUUGGUGGACUUCAACGGCGUCAUUCCUGACACUUUCAUGCCAAUCCUCAAGAACCUUCAAAAGAUCAAACGAGAGAACCACAUAGCGUUUCAGAACUGGAUCUUGCCAACCUCUGGCGAGAACAACCGUAUGCCUCCGCCACUGUACGCUCGCAAACCAGGCUUUGUGUUUCCUCUCAACUGUAUCGCCAAGGAUAAGGAUGUUCGACUGGAUCUGGAUCCUUCCCUAGUCUUGGAGGAUAUCGAUCUAAAGAAGAUCGAAGAUGCUACAGGUCUCGACCAUGGCCAAUGUCUAGGCUUGGUUGGUGCCCUCACAAGGGAAUAUGCGCUCAUUCAAGGUCCCCCUGGAACUGGCAAGUCCUACCUCGGAGUACAGCUCGUGAGAACUUUGCUUGCUGUGAAGAAAGAGGCGAAACUGGGCCCAAUCCUAAUCAUCUGCUAUACGAACCAUGCUCUGGACCAGUUCCUGAAGCAUCUUCUUGACGUUGGAAUCGAAGCCAUCAUUCGCAUUGGUGGUCGCAGUGUCACAGAAGAACUCGACAGCAAAAACCUUCGCGUCGUCAGCAAGGAAACGCAAAAGACAGGAGUAGAAAGAAGUAUCUUGGGUGAGGCUUAUAGUGCGCAUGAGUCCUCCUUGGAGUCUGCUGAACAAUCGCUGGGGCCUUUGUUUCAGGCUCGCAAAGGGCCAAGUUGGGAUGGGUUGAAACGAUAUUUAUCGCGAAAACAUCCCCGAAUCUACAACCAGUUUCGGAGCCAUGAUGAGGAAGGUUUCGAAGUCGUCACCAAAGACAUCUUGAAAUCUUGGCUCGGUAAGCGACCGAAGCAAAUCACAGUUGAGCCAUCGACAUGGCGAAAUAUCAUCACUCGAGCGGAAACCAACAUCGGAUUGCUGUCGUCAGAACAGCGAUGGUUCAUUGUCGAAUAUUGGCUUGAACAACAACAUCAGACACAGAUAGGUCGGCUUUUUGAGUCCCUGCACGACGCCGAGCAGAAGCGCAAGACCAUCCAGCGAACGCAUGAUGCCGUGGAUCAGCGAACUCUUUCCCGAGCUGAUGUCAUUGGAAUCACCACUACAUCUCUAGCAAAGCAGAUCGACAUGCUGCGGAGUUUGAAGAUCAAGUGUGUCAUGUGUGAGGAAGCUGGCGAGUUGAGAGAGGCUGAUAUCAUCUCUGCCCUAAUGGAAAGUGUUGAGCACUUUAUUCAGAUUGGAGAUCACAAACAACUUCGACCUCAGAUCAACAACUUUGAACUUAGCUUGGAGUCGUCUUCGGGUAAGUUCUGGCAGCUGGAUCGUAGCCAGUUUGAGCGACGGGCGGUCGGCGAACCAGGUCUCCCACCAGCACCCUUCGCUCAGCUCAAUGUGCAGCGAAGGAUGAGACCUGAAAUCUCUCAACUCAUCCGCCGAGUUUACCCAAAUCUACAAGACCACGAGUCAGUUUUCCACCUAAAUGACGUGGUAGGCAUGCGCAAGGACCUCUUUUGGCUUGAUCACAACCACCCAGAGGACUCAGGCGGAGAUGGAACUCGGGUCAAGUCGCACAGCAACACCUGGGAGACGAACAUGGCUACGGCGUUGGUCCGACAUAUCGUUCGACAAGGGGAGUACAAACCCGAGGACGUCGCUCUCCUUACGCCGUACACAGGACAACUUCAGCAACUACGGGCUGCUCUCUGUAAAGACUUUGAGAUUUGUCUCAGUGAUCGAGACAUGGAUCAGCUGGCGCAUGACGGAUUUGAAGAUGAGUCAGGUCGAGGAUCAUCAGGGACUCAGAAGAUGAUCGAAAAGAAGCAACUCCUUCAGACAAUCCGGCUCGCUACUGUUGACAAUUUCCAGGGCGAAGAAGCCAAGGUCAUUGUUGUAUCCUUGGUUCGAAGCAACGCGCAGCGUAAAGUGGGAUUCCUACGAACUGAGAAUCGCAUCAACGUGCUUCUGAGUCGAGCGCAACAUGGCAUGUAUCUGAUUGGCAACUCCGAGACCUACCUUAACAGGCCAAUGUGGGCUGAUGUCUACAACCAACUCUCGCAAGCCGGCUCUGUUGGGAAGGAGAUUGAACUGUGCUGUCCCCGACAUAAAGAUAUUCAGAUCACAUGCGCUGAACCAGAAGACUUUGCCAUCAAGAGUCCUGAAGGCGGUUGUACUCUCACCUGCUCUCGACGACUUGAACCAUGCGGCCAUCAGUGCCCGGCUCGUUGCCACUCGAACGCCAUGCAUGAAGCUUUCUCCUGUCAACAGCCUUGCCCUCGCGUCCGAGACACCUGCGAUCAUCUGUGUCCCAAGCUAUGCGGAGAGCUCUGCGGUCCUUGCAGGGUUCAGGUUCGCGAUGUUGAACUUCCAUGUGGUCACGUUAAGCAAAAUUUGAUGUGUCACAAGAAGCUGAACUUAUCAUCAGUGAAAUGUACAGCGAAGGUUGAGAAAGUUGUCCCUACCUGCGACCACUGUGUCACAGUGGAAUGUUGGGUCGACGUCAAGGAGCCAUACUUCAGUUGUUCUACCCCUUGCUCUGAGAUACUGCCAUGUGGACAUCAAUGUACUGGAACAUGCAGCAGCUGUCGAAAAGAGGAUGGUUCUUUCGCCCAUAACCCUUGCACCAAAGUUUGCGAUCGUCCCUUCGGUUCUUGCAACCACAGAUGCCGCCAAGUAUGCCAUGAUGGUCGUUCCUGUGGUAGCUGCAACGAACCAUGCGAAGUUCGAUGCCCGCACUCUGCUUGUGCCUCGCCAUGCAACAAGGCAUGCGCACCUUGUAUCGAGAAAUGUACCUGGUCCUGUCCACACCAAAAGGCUUGCUCCAUGCCCUGUUCAGCACCAUGCGAUCGACUCCCUUGCGAUGAACGAUGUACGAAGAAACCCCCUUGUGGCCACCAGUGCCCAAGCUUCUGUGGAGAGGACUGCCCUGUUGGAUACUGUCAGGAAUGCGGCGACAAAGCUGAUGCUCGAGUCGAUAUUCUAGAGUUCCGAUCGUACAGUGAAGUAGACCUUGACGAAAGUCCCAUCGUGGUAAUCGGAUGUGGCCAUUUCUUCACUGGGGAAACUCUUGAUGGUCUGGUCGGGCUGGAUGAAGUUUACGUAAGGGACAAGGAGGGUGUUUUCAAUGGCUUGGAGGAUACCACUGGCUCCCUUUCCCGAAAUGUUCCCUUUUGUCCAGACUGCAAACGACCCAUUCGACAGUUCGCUACUAAACGGUACAAUCGGCUCAUCAACCGAGCAGUGAUGGAUGAGAUUUGCAAGCGUUUCAUCAUCAACGGGCGUGAGGAACUCAAGUCGCUGGAGGACCAACUGCGAUCUGAGGAGAACAACCUCAGCGCAACUCGAACGUCUCACUCAACUAUUGCAAGCUGGCCCCAAAAGAUGUUGACCAACAAGAGAUACCAAAGGCUGAAGAGACUCAGAGAUACAUCCAAGGCCCUGGCAAAGAAGAUGGGCAAAGCUCAUCAGCCUACCAAGAUUCUCAUCGAUCGGAUCGCGACAGCUCGCGUCCAUGUCACCGGUGAUCCAUUUUCUCUCGCAGUACAGAUGGAGGCUAUGAAGCUCUCGCCGCCAGAACCAGACAGCCAAAUCAUUCUGGGAGCAAAGUUGCUUACGGUCAAGGCUGAGGAGGUGCAGUUUCAAGACUCAAUUGCACUCCUUCAGAUCUGCAGAGAUAAAGUCAAUGCCACUGUGAUCCAAGGAUGGCUGAAAGAGCAGCCUCUUUUGUCCACCGUCGACUUCUUCACCAUCUGCCACAAUCUCAUCAACGAAGCUAAAAAGGCAAACCUCCCGCGAAUAAUUGUCUCAGCGAGUCUAUGCUAUGCCAAGGUAUCUCAGCUAGCAACUUGGUGCGCGCAGACCAAAGAUGGCACUACCGCCCCAACACCCGGGAAUGAGAGUGUGAAGAAGUACGUCGGCAGGGCUAAGGAAUUUCUCCAAGCUGCAUUACUUUGUUGCGAGAAUCUCGGAAAUAGCAAGGAGUUGAAAGAGAGACUAGAAGAAAUGUCGCGACUUUUCGAGCCUCAGUACCAUGCUGUGACUCCAGAGGAACUGGCGUCGAUCAAAUCUGCCAUGGUCAGCGGACGUGGAGGCCUGGCCACUCACUCUGGGCACUGGUAUAACUGUGCCAAUGGCCAUCCUUUUGCGAUCGGAGAAUGCGGAAUGCCAAUGGAGGUUGCUCGAUGUCCUGAGUGCGGAGCGCCUAUCGGAGGUACAAGCCACCAACCUUUGGCGGGUGUGUCUCGUGCUCGGAACAUGGAAAACGCUCGGUAAUCAUGAAGAAGUGGUGGGCUGAGUGGACGCUGGUAGAACGACUAGUCAAUACCCUUGAGUACGUUGCAUUGAUAUGAGUUCAUAUGAAGUGAGGAUGACAGUGGGAAUGAGCUGUGAAGUUGAAGACCAUGCGCCAGUAGAGUUGAAG